AUGGACGCCCUUACCUCAGCUCUGUACACGAGUGCAAUCAUCGCCUUGUCAAUCAUACUUGCCGUCGCUCUUAUUGCCGCCACCUGGACCAUCGGCACCAAACUCGCCGAGCCCUUCGGCGUCAUUCUAUUCAACGCACUCGCUAGCCAUGAAGAUGUGCUCGACGACCAAGAAGCUUCAAACACCAGUCAGCAAAAAUCCACGACAAUCGCUCAGCGCGAAAGCCGCAAGAAAGUCGAAAGAUUGCUAUCAGCAGCCAUCGCAAUGUUUCUUGUCAUUGCUUGCGUGUCUUUUGAGCAAGGGCUGGCGCAGAUCGGCGUGCGUGUUGACUUAUGGGGCUUCGUUUUUAUGGUGCUCAAAGGAGUUUUUGAAGCUUUGGCUGCCUUGGGUAUGCUUAGACUAGCCCUUGCUGCAGUCCGAAGACUGGUUGCGAAUUGA